UAUCCUCGGCUAAAGGUCGACAUUUGAAACGUCCCCUUAGAAAAAUUAUACAAGACUGUGCUGAAACUGACACACAAUAUUUUUAGCGCAACGCAAUCUGACUUUCAAAAAUCCCUAUGAAAAAAAAUGGCUCUGACUAACAUUAACCUAUAUGUUUCACAAAUCGUUUACCUCACAAAUAUCUUGGUUACUCGAACUACUGCAAUACAGCGAGCGCCACUAGUGCCAGCUAAAUAAAAGAUUCAAACUACUGAAGGCACUAACUACUGAUAGGCACAGUUAGCAAAUGAAAGAUUUUAAUAGAGAACAAACAAUGUAUUUACCUUAAUAGUGUUCAAAAGUGAUAAUAUAUCUAGCAGUUCAUGACAUCCAGUCUUACAAAUUUCAAAACUCCGCCAUCUCUCUCCCCACAUCCACCACUGCUGACGGCUCACCUCCAACUGCGCAAUGCUACGCGCUGUUAACAUCCAUCUGCCCAACACUACAAUGACAGACAACAAUGCAAACUAGCCACAGACUGCGCACAGGACAGCCAGUGAUUUUUCAUACAGAGCGCUAUGUGGUGUUACCAAUAAGAAAACCUAAACAGCUUACUUACAAACUGUUCCAUUUUUAGGAAAAGAGUGGCAUGACAUGAGAACCACGCUGAGCCCUGCUUUUACUACGAUGAAAAUUAAGAAUAUGUUCAUGCUGAUAACAGACAUUGGACAACAAGUUGUUGCUUACUUAGAGAAACGAACAGGUGAUUUUGAUGUUUCCGCUGGAAAUGAGAACUUGCUCACACUGGAGAUGAAAGACUUCUUCACACGCAUCACCAAUGACGUCAUUGCAACGACAGCGUUCGGUAUCAAAGUAGACUCGCUGUCGGAACCGGACAACUUGUUCUACCGGAUGGGUCACGACCUCACCGCCGUCAGAGUGAUCGUCGGCAUCGGAUACACGCUGUUUCCGAAACUCAUGCAGCUGCUAGGAAUACCAUUCAUGGACAGGGCUGCAACAGAGUUCUUCAGAUCCACAGUGAUCGAAACCAUCGAGACCCGUGAGAAGCAAGGCAUCGUUCGUCCCGACGUCAUCCAUUUGCUCAUGCAGGCGCGUCGUGGCGAACUGCGCUCAGAAGAGGCGGGCAAGGACGAGACCACCGAAGACAAAGGAAAACGUCUGACCAAUGACGAUAUUGCGGCACAGGCAAUACUGUACUUCUUUGGCGGUUUCGAUACGGUGUCGACGUUGAUGACUUUCUGCAGCUACUUGCUGGCGACUCACGAGGACGUCCAGAGGAGAUUGCAGCAGGAGGUGGAUGACGUCAUGAAGAAGAAUCGCGGCCAACCCGACUAUGAGCAAGUCAUGGCCUGCCAGUACCUCGACAUGGUCAUCUCUGAAACGCUACGGAUGUACAGUCCCGGUUCGGCGCUAGACCGAGUGUGCGUGCGUCCCUACCAGCUGCCGGACACAGAGACCUGCCGAGGUGUUCAGGUGAGACCAGGAGAGAUCGUCGGGAUUCCCGUGUACUGCAUCCACCAUGACGCCAAGUACCAUCCAGACCCAGAAACUUUCGACCCGGAACGCUUCAGUCCAGAGAACAAGCACCGCAUCAAGCCCUUCACAUUCCUGCCCUUCGGAUCAGGACCUCGUGUGUGUAUUGCGCAGAGGUUCGCGCUGAUGGAGACCAAGGUGGUGUUGCUGUACCUGAUGUCCAAGUUCAGCUUCCAUGUGGUCGCCAAAACGCCGGUGCCUCUGCAGAUCCAGCCAAACAGUCUCACACUCUCUAUCAAGGGUGGCGCCUGGAUCGGCAUUCGGCGAAGAUCUUAAGGAAAAAUCUCUUACAUUUCUUCACACAGAAGAGUGAGAGGAUAGGAAAUUUGAUACUUCAUUAAAUUGUAUGUAAAUUUUACUAACAGUCCCAUCAUAUGUCAUGUUCCGCAUACAUUAUGUACGACGGAAUGCACCGUACGAGCAUUACCGUGUACGUCGAGUGGCGACUGUGUGGUGGGUUACGGUACACUCUCUUGUAAAACUGAAAUAAAUUGUGAUAAUGUAACGCAACAUUAUAAAAAUUAACAGACGAUGCUUCACAAGGAGACAGUAACCCAAAUUGUACAUGAGCAUUAACUUCACAAACACGUUACUUUAGCGUAAUAGGUUUCCUUCGAUCUGUUAUUAUUUUUAUUUGUACCGAACAUGUUGGGUACGCUUCAUUCAAAUCGGGCCGCUUCUAUUGCAUAGGUUGCUAACGCGCGGUUCUGCGGCGGCUUUCGGUUCUGUGCAAGCUGGUUCGGAACCUGUUGACGGAAUCAUUUAUUGUCAGUAUCAUUCAGCCGGAAAGGGGAGGAGAGGAAUUGGCAUAGGGUUCCUGAUAACAUGGAUUGCGUUGGAUUCCAGAUUUUACCGCAGUGUAUCACGAAGUGAUGAAGUAGAACACUUUUCGUAACCGGUCCGUCUGUUGCGGCAACAAGACCGAUGGCCCCUUGGGUUUCUACGAAGGAGUUAAAUAAGAACACAGUAACUUUAAACUGUGCUAUCGUGAACGGGCAAGAGGGCGGACUGAAAUGAUAUCUGUUAAGCAAUAACGGCUCAUUCAUAACAGUAACAUUCUUCAGCACAACAAAAUAUUCUCCCUUGCGUGAAGCCCUUGCGGAAAAUAAUUACGUAUACUGCAUGAGGAAGAUACUCCAUUGGAAGAUAAAGAGCACAUAUAUGACUGUAGUAGUGUAGAGUCACAUUUGUUUUGCACGAAUUACAAAUAUUUCUGUCUGGACGACAAAAGUAAAUAUCGUUACUGAGUAAAGGCUCUUUAACGAAUUAAAUGCUUUUGUACAUGUAGUAAAUACUGUUUUAAUGAUUUCAUGUUCAUUAUGUAUUACUUUCCCUGAAAAAUGUAUCUCUUCUCUGAUAA